CAGCCCGUCGCCGCAGGAGCCGGGGCUCGGGGAGCUGCUGGAGGAGUUCUCCCGGACUCAGUACAGGGCCAAGGACGGCGGCGGGACAAGCGGCUCUAAGGUUGAGCUCAUCGAGAAGAGAUGUCUGGAGCUGUUUGGCCGAGACUACUGUUUCAGCGUGAUUCCGAAUGUGAAUGGGGAUAUCUGUGGUCACUACCCCCGGCACAUCGUGUUUCUGGAGUACGAGAGUUCUGAGAAGGAGAAGGACAUGUUUCAGAGCACCGUGCAGGUGAGCAGGCUGCAGGACCUCAUCAACCGCAGCAAGAUGGCCAGGUGCAGAGGACGGUUUGUCUGCCCAGUGAUCCUGUUCAAAGGCAAGCAUAUUUGCAGGUCGGCCACGCUGGCUGGAUGGGGAGAGCUGUACGGACGCUCUGGCUACAACUAUUUUUUCUCAGGGGGUACCGAUGAUGCCUGGGCAGAUGUUGAAGACGUCACGGAGGAAGACUGUGCUCUUCGGAGUGGUGACAUGCACCUUUUCGAUAAGGUCAGAGGCUAUGACAUCCGGCUGCUUCGGUACCUCUCAGUCAAGUACAUCUGUGACUUGAUGGUGGAGAACAAGAAGGUUAAGUUUGGCAUGAAUGUGACUUCCUCUGAGAAGGUGGACAAAGCCCAGCGCUAUGCCGAUUUCACUCUCCUCUCCAUCCCAUACCCAGGCUGUGAAUUUUUCAAGGAGUAUAAGGACCGGGAUUACAUGGCUGAAGGGCUAAUAUUUAACUGGAAGCAGGACUAUGUCGAUGCUCCUUUGAGCAUCCCUGACUUCCUGACCCACUCUCUGCACAUUGACUGGAGCCAGUAUCAGAGUUGGGACCUGGUGCAACAAACACAAAACUACCUGAAAUUGCUGCUUUCCAUAGUUAACAGCGAUGAUGACAAUGGGCUGCUGGUGCACUGUAUCUCAGGCUGGGACCGGACCCCCCUCUUCAUCUCUCUCCUGCGCCUUUCCUUAUGGGCUGAUGGGCUCAUCCACAGGUCCCUGAAGCCUGCUGAGAUCCUCUACCUAACUGUGGCCUAUGACUGGUUCCUCUUUGGGCACAUGUUGGUAGAUCGGCUCAGCAAAGGAGAGGAGAUUUUCUUUUUCUGCUUCAAUUUUUUGAAGCAUAUCACCUCUGAGGAUUUCUCAGCCCUAAAGACCCAGAGGAGGAAGAGUUUGCCAGCGCGGGAUGCAGGCUUCUCUGUGGAAGAUAUCUGCAUGCUAAGGCGAAGAGACAGAGGUAGCACCACCAGCCUUGGCAGCGACUUCUCCCUGGUGAUGGAGAGCUCACCGGGUGCUAUGGGGAGCUUCACCUACGAGACUGUGGAGCUGGUCCCUGGCGGAGCACAGGCUCAAGCAGCUUGGAGGAAGAGUCACUCCUCGUCACCACAGAGUGUGUUCUGGAACCGGCCACAGCCCUCAGAGGACCGCCUGCCUUCCCACCAAGGGCUGAUCGAAGCCAAGUCUUCUAGCUCCUCAUCCUCAAACCAUUCUGACAACUUCAGGAUGGGUAGCAGUCCCUUGGAGGUCCCCAAACCCAGCUGGCUACCACCCAGGACAGAGGAGAGGAGCUGGCUAUCAGUGGACCAUCCCCUGCCCGGAUCCUCUCUCUCCACAGACUUUGGCAGCUGGCAGAUGGUAACGGGCUGUGGCAGUAUUCAGGAGCGGGCUGUCCUGCACACAGACUCCUCUCUCCCUUUCAGCUUCCCGGAUGAGCUCCCUAACAGUUGUCUCCUCGUGGCCCUGAGUGAUCGGGAGACGAGGCUGCAGGAGGUGCGCUCGGCUUUCCUGGCAGCCUACAGCAGCACAGUGGGGCUCCGGGCAGCAGCCCCCAGUCCCUCAGGGGCCAUCGGGGGCCUGCUGGAACAGCUCGUACGUGGUGUGGGCCUGCGGGGCACCAGCACUGGCACCCUGUGAGGCUACCACCUAACAGCAGUUUUCCUACUCGUUGCUCAGCUGAGACCAUAGUGGAAUCAAAGCCAUGCCUGGCCAGAGGGCACUUCGAGGUCCGUGAAUCUCACACCUCUCCACGAGCACAGCAGGGCCAUGGACGGGGCUUUGCAACACUGGGCCUCUGACUCGUGACCUGCACAUUGAUCAGCUC